GUGUUUCAAAGACGAAUAGAUGGCAGCGUAGAUUUCUAUAGGACGUGGGAUGAAUAUCUCAAUGGAUUUGGAAAUUUAAACGAAGAAUUUUGGCUCGGCAAUCGUCUGGUACACGAAUUAACCACAAAACGUUCUUAUAAACUGAAAGUUGAAGCGGUGGCUUUUGAUGGAUCAACCUUCCAUUCAUUCAACUCUAAUUUUAACUUAAGUUCCUUGGACAAUAAAUUUGCAAUAUGGUUCUCGGAUUGCUAUGGAAGCACAUACAGCUGCAUUGCUCCGACGAAUAUUUCCUUCUCAACAUGGGACAACGAUAAUGACUUGUCUGGUUCCAAUUGUGCACUUGCUUAUCGAGGAGCUUGGUGGUACACUGCCUGCCACGGAUGCAACCUGAAUGGCAUCUAUUAUCCCGGAGGGAACCACAGUGGACGAUAUGCCUCUGGGGUGGAUUGGUCGGCCUUUAGGGGCUAUUAUGAAUCUAUGAAGAUGACCUGGAUGAUGAUAAGUAGAAUGUGA